CUGCAACAUACCUUAGCAAAACAGGUAAAAUAUUAAUUAAUUUAGUUGAUUUAUAAACUCCGACAAAACCACUUGUUUACAAGGAAAAUUCAUCUUCAACUGAACCAACAACUUAUCGAAUUUUCGACUUAAUAGUCAACUUUCAAGACAUUUUAAAAUUGUUAAAAGAAAAGAAUUUUGAUAAAAGCUACUUUUAUCAUUCUCAGCAUUUGCAUUGUUUCUUACUUUUCGGGAAGGUUUUUUUACACUUCCUAUAGAGUUUCUUAAAUAACUACCUUUUUACCCUUUUUGUGGCAAUUUCUUUCCAUGUAUCAUGCUUUCUUUGAAAGAUAUAUGUAUACAAGUGGCUCAAAAAUACGUAAACGACAUUGAGGAUAUAGGAGACUACCCUUAUGCUCUACUUGAACCCAUUUUGGAACGAGCUCCCCCCGAUCGUUUGUCGUUGCUUGAAGAGCGAUCUCCCCAUGUCCGGCGAGAAUCUCAAUCCCUAUGGAAACAACAUGUCUUGCGUGAUUUCGCGCUUGAACUGCAACAAUUCAAGGUUCCUGUUCCAUCGACUACUGACUGGCGUUCUUUAUACGAGAGGCUGAAGAAACGGAGACAUACUCAAUACAACGAAGCAUCCGAAAAGCUUCGAAAUGCUUACACGAAGCUUGAACAAACAAAACAAAAUAAACGAAUUGUGCCUCUGGAAAGGGAACCACGUUCUGCCAGACCACAAAAACGACUACGUCCAAUGAAUAAUUAUGCCCCUAAAAGCAAUUAUGCACCUAAAAGCUCACUAAUGACAAAAGCAAGGAACGAUUUUCUAAAGAAAGCAUCUUUUUCGAGACCACCGGUAUCGGGAGCUUCAAACUCCCGCAAUUCGAAUCCUGCUUUACGUCCUUUAGGCUCUUUCCAUAUGGAUAGGCAGCCUAAAACGAAUCCUUAUCCAAUGUCGUCUACAGUCAAACCGUCUGCUGCGUCUAAUUCCCUAAAGCCCAGUUUUAAUUCCAAUAAGUCCCUAUGGCAAUGUCCUUCGACUUUACAGUCAAAUUCUUCUAUUCCAAUUUCAUCACGUUUCCCUAAUUCAUCUCGAAUGUCGAAUCAUCUACCUAAACGCUCUUAAAAUGUGUAUUGGAUAGACUCUCCUAUGUUUGUACAAUGUUUCCUGCUUUUUGGUGCUUAUUUAAUUAAUUUCUUCGCUCUUUUACUUGGUGUUAUUUUGUUUUUUUCCAGUUAAAUUUCCGCUUAAUCCACCCACCAUACAACGUUUAAUUUCUGAGAAGUUAUCCAGUUCAGUCUCUGCCAUGAUCUCUUGUUUGGCCGGUUAUUAUUUAUCUCAUUUCUAAUUAUUUUAUAGAUGCCUUUGGUUAUGAAUUUCUUUGGCUAUCGACGACACUUUAUUUCUUAUAAAUAUCUGUUCAUUAACUCCCGUAAUAUAAUUCAAUAAACUAUUCUGAUCACAAAAAAUUUAGGUUUAUAUUUUAAUAGUUUUCCAAAACCCCGUUCCAACAUUUUGUGUUUGUUUUCCA